CCCCUCCCCUGCUCCCUCCCCUCCCCGGCUCUACCCCCUCCCUCCUGCCCCGCACCCCACGUGAAGCGCAAUAUAAAGGGGGUGUGAGACUAGAGGGGAAAGUGAAUGGCGAAGGACUGAAGGGGUCCCCCCUUCGGGUCUCCGGCCGCUCUGUUCACCCUCGUUCAUCCUCCCUUCCCGAAGCUCGCCCUCGGAGGCAGGAGCGGCCGGCGCUUUCGGCUGAGGAGGAGGAGGAGGAAUCGCGCCGGGCGGAGCGUCAGGUCCCGUUUUCCUCUCCGGCGUCUCGAAUACAAAGAUUACGGUGCAGAAGGAAAUUGUACUCGCCUCCUCCGCCCCCCCGGUACCCAACACAAUGCACCAGCCGCCCGAGUCCACCGCCGCCGCGGCUGCCGCCGCUGCAGACAUUAGUGCUAGGAAGAUGGCGCACCCGGCAAUGUUCCCUCGAAGGGGCAGCGGUAGUGGCAGCGCCUCUGCUCUCAGUGCAGCAGGUACCGGCGUUGGUAGUAAUGCCACAUCUUCCGAGGAUUUUCCGCCUCCGUCGCUGCUCCAGCCGCCGCCUCCUGCAGCAUCUUCUACGUCCGGACCACAGCCUCCGCCUCCACAAAGCCUGAACCUCCUUUCGCAGGCUCAGCUGCAGGCACAACCUCUUGCGCCAGGCGGAACUCAAAUGAAAAAGAAAAGUGGCUUCCAGAUAACUAGCGUUACUCCGGCUCAGAUCUCUGCCAGUAUCAGCUCUAACAACAGCAUAGCAGAGGACACUGAGAGCUAUGACGAUCUGGAUGAGUCUCACACGGAAGAUCUCUCUUCUUCCGAGAUCCUUGAUGUGUCACUUUCCAGGGCUACUGACUUAGGGGAGCCUGAACGCAGCUCCUCAGAAGAGACUCUAAAUAACUUCCAGGAAGCCGAGACACCUGGGGCAGUCUCGCCCAACCAGCCCCAUCUUCCUCAGCCUCAUUUGCCUCACCUUCCACAACAGAAUGUUGUGAUCAAUGGGAAUGCUCAUCCACAUCACCUCCAUCACCACCAUCACAUACAUCACGGGCACCACCUCCACCAUGGGCACCACCAUCCAUCCCACACUGCUGUGGCCAGUGCGUCCAGUCCUGGAGGGCCACCCUCAAGCCCUGUAUCCAGAAAACUGUCUACAACUGGAAGCUCUGACAGUGUUAUACCAGUUGCACCAACUUCUGCUGUAUCAUCGAGUGGCUCACCUGCAUCUGUAGUAGCUAAUAUCCGUGCUCCGAGUACUACAGGCGGUAUAGGUAUAAAUUCUGUUACUGGCACUAAUGCAGUGAAUAAUGUUAACAUUACUGCUGUGCGUAGUUUUGAUCCUAAUGUGACAAGCAGCAUGGUUGGUAAUGCUAAUAUAAGUACCAGCAGUAUUCCUAGUGCUGCUAGUGUGAAUGUUGGGCCUGCAGUUACCAGUGGUGUUAAUGUGAACAUCUUGAGUGGCAUGGGCAAUGGUACUGUUUCUUCCUCUGCUGUCCCUAAUGCAAGUGCAGGGAUGACUGUGGGUUCAAGUCAGCAGCAACAACCAACAGUUAACACAUCAAGGUUCAGAGUUGUUAAGUUAGAUUCUAGUUCUGAACCCUUUAAGAAAGGUAGAUGGACUUGCACUGAGUUCUAUGAAAAAGAAAAUGCUGUACCCGCUACAGAAGGCGUGGUAAUAAGUAAAGUGGUGGAGACUGUAAAACAAAACCCCAUAGAAGCGACUUCUGAGAGAGAGAGCACUAGUGGGAGUUCGGUGAGCAGUAGUGUCAGCACACUGAGUCACUACACAGAGAGUGUGGGAAGUGGAGAGAUGGGAGCCUCUACUGUGGUGGUGCAGCAGCAGCAGCAGCAACCAGCUCUUCAAGGUGUGGCCCUCCAACAGAUGGAUUUCAGUAGCACUGGUUCACAGAAUAUUUCAGCAGUUAGUAUACCACAGAGUAUUUCUCAGUCACAGAUCGCACAAGUACAAUUACAGUCUCAAGAACUGAACUAUCAGCAAAAGCCAGGUCUUCAACCAGUACCUCUACAAGCCACUAUCAAUGCUGCAACUGGUAUCCAGCCAUCACCUAUAAAUGUGGUUGGUGUGACUUCAGCUUUAGGUCAGCAGCCUUCCACUUCCAGUUUGGCUCAACCCCAACUGCCAUAUUCUCAGAAGGCUCCUCCAGUGCAAACUCCUAUUCCAGGGGCACCACCCCAACAGUUACAGUAUGGACAGCAGCAACCAAUGGUUUCUACACAGAUGGCACCAGGCCAUGGUAAACCAGUGACUCAGAAUCUUACUUCAGAGUAUGUACAACAGCAGCCGAUUCUUCAAACAGCAGUGUCCUCCGGACAGCCCAGUUCUGCUGGAGUGGGAGCGGUAACAACGGUGAUUUCCGUGGCUCAGCCACAGCGUAUCCAGCUGCCAGUGCAACCCACAGCAGUCCAAGCACAACCUGCAGGGGCAACUGGCCAGCCAGUUGGCCAGGCUCAUACAGCAGUGUCUGCUGUACCUACUGGCAGUCAAAUUGCAAAUAUUGGUCAACAAACAAACAUACCUACUGCAGUGCAGCAGCCCUGUACUCAAGUUACACCUUCAGUUAUUCAGCAAGGUGCUCCUCCAUCUUCACAAGUAGUUCCACCUGCUCAAACUGGGAUUAUUCAUCAGGGAGUUCAAACUAGCGCUUCAAACCUUCCUCAACAAUUGGUUAUUGCACCCCAAAGUACCUUGUUAACAGUGCCUCCCCAGCCACAAGGAGUAGAACCAGUAGCUCAAGGCGUUGUUUCGCAGCAGCAGUUGCCCACAGUUAGUCCUUUGCCCUCUGCUGGUAGUAUUUCUGUUACAAAUCAGGUUAGUUCAGCUGGUCCUCCUGGAACGCCUUCUGCCCCAACAAACUUGGUUCCACCACAGAAUAUAGCACAAACCCCUGCUACCCAAAACGGGAAUUUGGUUCAAAGUGUUAGUCAACCUCCCCUGAUAGCAACUAAUAUAAAUUUGCCUUUGGCACAACAGAUACCACUAAGUUCUACCCAGUUUUCUGCACAAUCAUUAGCUCAGGCAAUUGGAAGCCAAAUUGAAGAUGCCAGGCGCCCAGCGGAACCCUCCUUAGUUGGCUUACCUCAGACUAUUGGUGUUGACAGUGGGGGAACGUCAGCAGUUUCAGAUGGGAGUAGCAGCAGCCUAGCAGCCUCUGCUUCUCUUUUCCCGUUGAAGGUGCUACCGCUGACGACACCCCUGGUGGAUGGCGAGGAUGAGAGGUAA